GCUCUGCACGAGCGGCGACAGCUGCAGCGUCGGCGUCGGCGUCGGGCGUCUCGCGCCACUGGGCUCAGCAGUGACGGACCGCGGCGCGAGCCAGCCAGCCCAGGAAUCCCCGUCUCGUGCCGCGCGCGCAGGCGCACACACAUUUACAGAGGGAGAGACGCGCGCGCGGAGGGUCUCUCAAUCUCUCUCUCUUUCUCUCGCUGCUCUGCGAUGCUCCAGUCAUGAAACGUGUACGCACAGAACAGAUUCAGGUGGCAGUUUCCGGCUACCUUAAACGCAGGCAGUAUGUAGAUUCAGAAGGUCCUCUGAAACAAGGGCUGCGCUUAAGCCAGACUGCAGAAGAAAUGGCAGCUAAUCUAACAGUCCAAUCUGAAUCGGGUUGUGCAAACAUCAUAUCUGCUGCACCUUGCCUAGCAGAGCCACAACAAUAUGAAGUACAGUUUGGGCGGCUAUGCAGCUUUCUUACAGAUUCGGACCCCCAGCACAGCCAUGAAGUGAUGCCUCUUCUGUAUCCCCUCUUUGUCUACCUCCAUCUUAAUAUGGUCCAAAAUGGCCUAAAGAGCACAGUGGACAGUUUCUAUAGUCGCUUCCAUGGGAUGUUCAUGCAGAAUGCUUCCCAAAAAGACAUCAUUGAGCAGUUACAGACUACACUAUCAAUUCAGGACAUCCUGUCUAACUUCAAGCUCCGGGCAUUUCUGGACAACAAAUAUGUCGUCCACCUUCAAGAAGACAGCUACAACUUCCUCCUUCGCUACCUCCAGAGUGAUAACAACAGUGCUCUCUGCAGGGUCCUCUCCUUGCACAUCCAUUUGGACGUGCAGCCAGCCAAGAGGAUGGACUACCAGCUGUAUGCUAGUGGUGGCUCUUCACGCAGUGAGAGCAAUGGCCUUGAACCCACUGACAUGCCUACUUCCAUCCUGCAAAAUGAGGCAGCUUUGGAUAUCCUGCAGGAUAGCAUUAAGAGAGUCAAGGACGGACCGCCUUCGCUAACAACCAUAUGUUUUUAUGCAUUCUACAACACCGAGCAAUUGCUAAACACAGCAGAGAUCUCACCGGAUAGCAAGCUCCUUGCUGCUGGCUUUGACAAUUCCUGUGUAAAACUAUGGAGCUUGCGGUCCAAGAAGCUGAAAUCUGAGCCUCAUCUAGUAGAUGUGUCCCGAAUCCACCUGGCUUGUGACGUCUUGGAUGAGGAGGAUGAAGAAGAUGAUAAUGUGGGUACAGAAAUGAAGAUACUUCGAGGGCACUGUGGACCAGUGUAUAGCACAAGGUUUCUUUCAGACAGUUCGGGACUGUUGUCGUGUUCAGAGGAUGCCUCCAUCAGAUACUGGGACCUGGGCAGUUUUACCAACACCGUGUUGUACCAAGGGCAUGCCUACCCUGUAUGGGAUCUGGACAUCAGUCCUUGCAGCUUGUAUUUUGCUAGCGGUUCCCAUGACCGCACAGCAAGGCUUUGGUCAUUUGAUCGGACGUAUCCCCUGCGCAUAUACGCAGGCCAUUUGGCAGACGUGGACUGCAUUAAGUUUCAUCCCAAUUCUAAUUACUUAGCAACAGGAUCGACAGAUAAAACAGUCAGGCUCUGGAGCACCCAGCAAGGAAACACAGUGCGUUUGUUUACAGGCCACCGGGGCCCCGUGCUGUCUCUUGCGUUUUCUCCAAAUGGUAAGUAUUUGGCUUCAGCAGGUGAAGACCAGCGGUUAAAGUUGUGGGACUUGGCAUCUGGCACGCUUUACAAAGAACUGCGAGGGCACACAGACAAUAUCACCAGCCUUACCUUUAGUCCGGACAGUAGCUUAAUUGCUUCUGCAUCAAUGGACAACUCUGUUCGGGUGUGGGACAUUCGAAACACUUACUGCAAUGCUCCUGCAGAUGGCUCUUCCAGUGAACUAGUUGGUGUAUAUACUGGACAGAUAAAUAAUGUACUCAGUGUACAGUUCAUGGCCUGUAACCUCCUUUUAGUGACUGGAAUUGCACAAGAGAAUCAGGAACAUUAAAAAACAUUUUUUUAAAGAAUGGGGUGGGGUUUGGUGGGGUUUUGAAAGCCAGAGUCUAUUAUAAACUGAGAUUAUAUAUAAUUGACUGUGAAUUUUUUGUCACACUUGGCGGAAAUGUCCAGAAUGAUGGAAAUACUGUACUUGAAGAUGUUUUGUAUUGUCGCAAAAGGAUAGAGAAGACAGAGCAACAGAGAACAUCAUUGUGGUUGUAUAUGAGUAGCGCAGGGGCAGGAAGCAAUGGGUGAAAGCCAGCAACCCAGAAUAUUUUGUUAUAAGGAUAACCCAAAACCUGACGGAAACAAUUAAAAUCCACAAGUGGGCAUUUGCACUUAAAUAUCUUUAAUGGGCACAUCCUAUGUAGUUUUACCAUGGGUUUCUGGAUCUGACUAUAUCAACUAUUUGGUUAAAUUGACACUUUCUCUGCUAAAACGUCUCUGCCAAUACCUGAAUCAUUGCCAAUUUGGAAAGAAAAAAGCAUAUUGUGUUAUACAGAUGCUACCAAAUAUAAUUAGCGUUACAAUAAUGUUUAUAAUAGCUGAGACAGGUUUCCAGCUUGAUAUAAAAGGCCCGAAGUUGGUUCCAAAUUUCAUCCUUUGUUAACAGAAGGAUGGUUUUCAUCCACAGAAGGGUUUUGAUCCAUAAAGUAAUUCAGUUGGUGAAGGGGGUGAAGAGUAAGUACAUUGGCAAAUUCCAGCCACUUCCUAUAAUGUUCUAGAAAAUCUCAAAUCCUCUAGAGAAGAUUUUCAGAGGGUGCAACAGGCUUCCGCAAAAGGAAAAUUACUAAAAGUCACCUGCCAUUUCAUGGGUAAGGACAAAGAUUGAAUCAAAGCCAUUGUAUUUUUUUAAAAAAAUGAACACAUGUGACAGUGGCCAUCUCUAUAAGGAGAUAGAAUUGGAGUGACUGUCUGUAAGAAGAUACAAUUGAGAUGUCAUUUCUUUAUACAGUUAUAAUGCAUGUAACUGUUAAUAGGUCAGAAGUUUGGAUUCCCUCUAUCCCUAAAUCUAGUUGCACUGUGACGGUGAUAAAAUACUAAUGAUUGGUUGGCGGUACCUUGCCUCAUGAAAAUAACCCGCAAAAACAUGCCUGAGUUUGUAACAUAGCAUGUUUCAACUUAAAAUAGGAAAAGACCCAUUUCAUCUCGCCAAAAAUAUUUUCUGAAGAUAAAUAUGAACAAAUGUAUAUGGAGAAUUGUAUUAGUAAAUUAUUAAUUGUAAGAAGACACAAUUUGCCAAUUUCUGGUGUUUUCCACUAAAUAUGGAAAUACAGAUUUCAUGAAGUUUUUAUACAAAAGUGAGAGCAUGCAAAAAUGGGGGGAGGCAGGGAAAGGUGGGGAAAGCAACUUUAAUUACUUCAUUCUAAGAGAAGAUUGAAUAUUUCUGCUUUGAGGAAAGAGGUUUUGUAAUUUUUUCUAUUAAAGCAUUUAGUUUAAAGAGAA